CGAAUAAAGCGCCCACCACAAAAUAUUCGAAAUUCGCCCUAAAAAUUUAGAUAAAACAAGGAGGAGCCCGAAGAUUUUGUUGGUUACUCAUAUGAUUUCCCACCAAACGAUACAGAUAAGUACCGUAAAACAAAUUCCUUAAAGAGGGAAAGAAAAUGGCAUUCUCAUCCAACCCGUUAUCUCUAAGUGUACCCGAGCCCGUAUUUGAAUCCUGGCUCCGAGAUACCGGCUACCUCGAAAUUCUCGAUCAACGGACUACCGAUCUCCACCGCCACUCUUCCACCGCCACCACAGCCGCCGCCUCUGCUUCCUCUUCCGACGCUGCUGCUGUUACUAAUUCUGCCGCCGCCGCAGUUUCAAUCUCCAACGGGGUCUUUGUUCAGAUAUUUUCAUAUCUUGGAACCUUACUGUCGCUUUUUACGCUUAAUCCGUUUGCGAAGCUCACGUCGGAUGAUUUUUCCGGUGAUACGCCGUCGUGGACUCGACUGUUCGUCGGGUCGUUGGAUUCAUACUCGUUUCCUUCGUCGCCUUCUCAGGCUCGGCUUAGAGUCCACGAGAAUGUGAAACGCUAUGCCCGCAAUUAUACCUCUCUCUUCCUCCUCUUCUUCGCUUGCUCUCUGUACCAGAAGCUGCUUGCGCUUGUAGGGUUGAUAUUAUGUUUGGCGCUUUGGGAUGUAUUAAAGUUAUGUGGAGAUCGUUGGGGAUUAGAGCAGCGCCCUNAAAAAAAAAAAGAAAGAAAGAGGAAAAAAUGGGGUGCCACUCUCUUAAAUGAUUCAGGUCCCAGCAUUCUAUCUGUGUAUAUUGGUGAUGAAUAAUAUGAUCGUAGCUUUGACUGUUUUAUCAUAUGGCUUGUGAUUUAUCCUAUGUGUUAACUGAUCCUGAUCUUUAAGCUUCUCUUCAACCUUUUGAAUAUUGUCCAUAUCUGUUUUCCUUCUACCAAAUGGCAAACCGUACUCCUCUAAACUGGAGGCUCUUAUGCCAAAUUUUGGUUGAGAUAAAAUGGUGUUCCAGAGGCAUUGCAUUUGCAAUGUAAUGGAUGCUCUUAAGACCUUUCACCAAGAUCACUAGAAGUCAGGAUCAAGGAAAAAUAAUCCAACCACUAAGCUAAAAGUAUGUAAUGAGAUGGUACUACGUAAUUGAUCCAGAUGUGAGCAAUUAACUAACGAGUCCAUCAAGGGGAGCAGGGAUAUAUGGUUGGUCUUCUCCAAACCUGUUCUAUCUUGCUCCAAAAGUAUCCUUUAACUGGAAAUUUUUGCGAGAAUGUUAAUUCAAGUAAAAUGUCUCUAUAAACAAUUAACAUUCAUUAAAAAAAUGCAUGAAAAGUUCAUAAAUUAGGUACUUGUACAACGAAUGCAUAGAUUAUAAAAUCGGUUUCUUUUUCAUUAUUGAAGAAUGUUAGUCUCUCAGUUUUUUCAUUCAAAAGUUCCUCAAGUUCUCGUGAUGAUUGAACUAGUUAGUACCCCCUCCCCCUCCAAAUUUUGUUGAUUAAGAUGUUGUAGGGACGAUGGGGAAGGAACUUUGUGUCUUUUACUCAAAUGUUGUAAACAAGCAAAAUACUGUCUUUAAAUGCUUUAGACUGCAGAUAUAUUAGUGUCUAGGCCUGAAAGUUUCUUUUAAAUAAGUGGAAAAAUGAUAUUUGAGUAGUUCUUUUCUUUUUUGGUUUGGGUUAGGAAAUCUAAAGAAAAAGAGGGAAAGUAAAAAAUGGAAGGCUUCUCCAUUUCAAAAAAGAAAAAGGACGGAAGGCUUCUGUUAGUCAAAAUUUUGUAAACAAGAAAAAUAUAGUGGAAACAGCUUUAAAUGCUUUGGGCCACAAAUAUACUAGUUCAGGUGGGCCUUGAAGUAUAAUAAGUGGGAAAAGGAUUUUGGCGUAGUUUCCUUUUUUUUUUUUUUGGGGGGUUGGAUGGUAGCAAAGAGGCAAAGUAAAAAGGGAAGGCUUAUUUAUAAUAGUCGAGGUGCACAUAUAUUACACAGGAGAUUACCUUUAUAAAAAAGGACGACUUAUAACAUCUCCAUAUAAUCUUUUGUUGUACCCACACCUUUUACCUUUUACUCAGAUCUCAAAUAUUGUGCAUGAGCAAAAUAUGGCGAAGAUAGCUUUAAAUUGUUUAGCUUCAGAUAUACUGGUGUCAAUGAGCCUAAAAGUUAAAAAGGAAAAAGGUGGGGAAAGGUUUUCUCGGUGUUUUUGGUAAGAAACUAAAAGUAGAGGGAAAAAUGAAAUGGGAAGCUAUAUCAUCUUUUGUUGUACUUGCAAAGUUGGCGAGAUGUUGGUAUCUCUUACAUAACAAUGUGAAGGAUGCUUUUGGUAUAGAAAAGGUUAAUUGGCUCAAUUCUUCCAUCCCCUUAACACGGUAUUUAACAAAAGAUAAAUUCUGAGAUGUGUGCCAAAUCCUUGUUUACCUAUCCACCAAAAAAAAGGUGUUAUCGCUUCAUAGCUGAAGGUUGACUUGGCAGAAGGUUGAUUUUACUUAAAAGGAUGAUAAAAAGGAAAAAAAAGAGGGGAAAAUAGAGUUCAUUUGCUACUUGGGUAAGAGGACUACUCUUUACACACACACACACACACACACACACAUAUAUAUAUAUAUAUAUAUAUGAUUUUUAUAACGAAGAUGUCCGGGCAAUCUUGCGCGCACCUCAACAAUUUCACCAGGUACGUGCUAUCAGCACAAGGACUACUCACAUGUAUAUUUCAGCAUUCUCUCUGUAGUCGCAGUCUUCUUCUACUUCUUGAGUCUAUAAUACUUAUUUUACAAAUUCUGUUUUUUUCUUUAAUUUGUUUUUUUGCUUGUGUUUCUUCUUCAAUCAAUGACCCUCUUCUCUUCUAUUGUGCAGUUCUCUUAUUCUACUUCUUCUUGACUCUGGGCUUCUCUUUUACUUCUCUUCCACUCACUUAGCAGAGUUGCUUAAAAAACUAAUUAUGAAGCUAAAUACUGCAGAAUUUUUUUAUGGUUGAUUUAAGUGAAAUUGAAUAAUUAUUUGAUGUCCCCAAAAAAAAUAAUUAUGAUUUGUGAUUGUAGUUAUGUUUUUGGGGUCUUGUUGAAAUUACAUAUUUCGAUGUUUAAUUUGAAUUUGGUCAGAUUAGUACGGAAUUAGUAACUUUAAUUGCAAUAAGUUCAUAUAUGUUAGAUCAUUUUUGUGUUUGGUAAUUGUCUGCUUUAUUUUGAAGAAUCGUGCGUUUAGGUUCCUUUUUUUAAGCCGAAGGUCCCUGUUACUGUUUUUGCGCUUCUCGUUUUUUAAAACGCUUCUCAGUCUUUUCAAGUGUAUGUUGGCUGGAUUUUGUUUCGAUGGACAAUUUUAAGCACUAAUUUAUUCUACCAAGCAGAACUUUUCUGCUACUCUAUAAAUUCGAGAACUGAGUCUGCUUUUCUACAACAGCAACUGCAGUUAUUCUAUUCUGUACCAACGUUCAAAUGGCUCUCAUCUCAGCCAUUGCUGUCAGUUAUGCAGUGAUGAUUCUGCAUGCCUCAUUUAGGAAGCUUACCCCGUCGAGACAAUCAACUUCAAAAGAUGGAAACAGGAGGACUCUUAGAAGUUGAUAAGUAUUUAUUAGUGUCAAAUCAUAAAAUCACAGUCGUAGCUCGGAGGGAGUUCAGAGCAAACAUGUGGGUUAACUGUCUUGGUUCACGAGUACAUCUCUCCGUUUGGAACUGAGAUAAUACUAGUUACAUUGUAAGAAAAUGUUUCUUUGUAUUCAAAUUUAGGUUGUAUAAGGUUAUACAAGAUGGGAAAAAGAAAUAUAUUAGAUAAGAUUGUAGAUGGCUGUAGAACCAUGAAGGUAAUUAGCAUGAACUGCAUCCAGUAUAAGUUCUGGAUUCUGAUUUUUCAAUUCAUUCGACCCCCCUCUGGGCUUGCAUCAUAAUUUGUUACCAUCCAAGAAUGAGUGCUUAUUAGUUGCUAUGAAUUGAAAGGAGAAGAUGACUUGUAAACUGUCACUCACCUGAAACUUGGAUGAAAUGACUACCUUUCUCGUCUAUUGAA